AUGUCUCUCCCUAUUGCACAGCCACUGAUGGUGCCAAGAUUAAACUUUGGCAUGGAUCUCGAUAUCACCGCAGCUCCAUCUGCAGCACCUCCUACACCAUGGUUUAACUUUGGCAUGAACUUGUGCAUUCCUGCCGCCAUACCGCCUUCAUCCCCGGCGCUCCCCACCUCAAAACCAUUUAACUUGGGGUUUGCCCUGCCUCUACCCACACAGCCAGCCCCCAAGCUGUUCAACCUGGGCUUCAAUCUUCUGGUGCAGUCCAUGGGUAUGCCAGCACUAACUCCGCCACCGCCAACAACAAAGCCAUUCAACCUUGGCUUCAAUGUCCCAAUGGCAGUCACCCUGCUGCCAAUAAGCUCCGGACUAGUGCCGGCCCUAACUCCACCGCCGCCAACAACAAAGCCAUUCAACCUUGGCUUCAAUUUCCCAAUGGCAGUCACCCUACUGCCAACAAGCUCCAGACUGGUGCCGGCCCAGGAAGAUACAAGGCAUGUUGGUUAUGAUAUCAAUAAUGGAUAUAAUUUGGAUGUGAGCCUCCCUCCCCCAUUGGGGAGUGGCAACCAGAGCUCAUUCGCGUACCAUGACUUUCGCCAUAUGUUGCCUCAUGAUGCGGCACCAGGACCAUCCAUGUCUUUUGUAUUGUCCCACACCGGCAGGCAUCUGGACCGGCCCACACUGAAAUCUUUGUUGGGUGAUGCCAAGUGUGCAGCAAUAGAUGUUCUGAAUCGCCUUGGUGGGAAAGAAUUUGAUCAUCUGGCACAGAUGAUGGUUGGCGGCGCCUUGGGCCCAGGAGAUGACGUCCAAGAUCCCAAGCCAGAUGAAGUAUUGGAGAGCAAUAGGGUUCAUGAGAGGGUUCUUUCUGCAGUGGAAUCCUUGUUGGAUGAAGUUGACCAGGCAGAGGCACAGUCUGGCGAAGAAAUGUAG